AGCGGCGUUGCGGAGAUGGGGCGUGGCCAGCGCGGGGCGGCUGAGGAGAAAGGGGCGUGGCCUGGCGCGGUGGGCGGGGCUUGGUGCCGGUGCGGCGGUUGCGGCAGCCGCAGGAGCGCGCGGCGGCGGCGCCCCGUCUUCCCGCCCUCUCCCCUCAUAACGGCCGGUCGCCUCCCCCGCGGCGGCCGUUCCUCGCCGCUCCCCUCCGCCAUGAACUCGCUGCUGUUCGGCGAGAUGGCCCGCGCCUUCUCCCCCGGCGUGACGGCGGCUGGAAGCGCCUCUCCCGGAGCGGCUGGCGGAGCGGCGGGCGGCCCUCCGGUGACGGCGGCCCUGCGGAACGACCUGGGCUCCAACAUCCACCUGCUGAAAGGCCUCAACGUGCGUUUCCGCUGCUUCCUGGCCAAAGUGCACGAGCUGGAGCGGAGGAACCGGCUGCUGGAGAAGCAGCUGGCGGCCCAGCAGUGCGAGCGCGACCGCCGCCUCCGUUACAAGACCUUCAGCCGGGACCAGGCCGUGCAAACCGACGGCGGCCUCCCGCUGCCCGGCGCUGCCCUGUCUGCGGGCCCCGGGCCCGGCCUGGCCCCGUCGCAUUACAGCCGCCUGCCCGGCACCAUCUGGAGCUACACCCAAGUGAGACGUACGGGAGGAGGCGGUUUGGAAACGGUGCAAGGGCCCGGAGUGUCUUGGAUCCACCCGGAUGGCGUCGGGGUGCAGAUCGAUACCAUCACCCCCGAGAUCCGGGCGCUCUACAACGUGUUGGCCAAAGUCAAGAGGGAGCGCGACGAGUACAAGAGAAAAUGGGAAGAGGAACUGACAAGAAGAAUGAGCCUGGAGUCUAUGGUAGAAACCUUGCGAGAGGAGGCGCAGGAAGCGGAAGCUCUCCAGGAGGAGUUAAAUGAAAAGAUUGAGAGAUUGAAAGCAGAACUUGUGGUGUUUAAGGGUCUGAUGAGUGAUCCCAUGACAGACCUGGACACAAAGAUUCAAGAAAAGGCCAUGAAGGUGGACAUGGACAUCUGUCGACGAAUCGAUAUCACAGCCAAGCUGUGUGAUGUAGCGCAGCAGCGCAACUCUGAAGACGUUUCCAAGAUAUUCCAGGUGGCUUCCAAGAAGAAAGAACGAAAACUCGCCUCCGAUGACGACCUCUCAGAACAGGACGCAGACAAUGGCAGGUUCUCUGACGACGAGGUCAGCUGUUCUUUGAACAUCACAGAUGAAAUGAAGCGUAUGUUCAAUCAGCUUCGUGAGACAUUUGAUUUCGAUGACGACUGUGAUAGCUUAACGUGGGAAGAGAACGAGGAAACGUUGCUUCUUUGGGAAGACUUCACAAACUGCAAUCCUUCAAUUGACCUCCAAGGAGAGGAAGAAAACCUGGGAAACUUGAUCCACGAAACAGAGUCUUUCUUUAAAACAAGAGACAAGGAAUACCAGGAAACAAUAGGGCAGAUAGAGCUGGAACUGGCCACGGCCAAGAGUGACAUGAACCGCCACCUUCACGAGUACAUGGAGAUGUGCAGUAUGAAAAGGGGCCUGGAUGUACAAAUGGAAACCUGCCGUAGGCUUAUCAAAGGUUCAGCUGACAGAAAUUCUCCAUCUCCCAGCUCUGUAGCCAGCAGCGACUCAGGAAACACAGAUGAAAUUCAGGACGAGUUGGACAGAGACGCGGAUGUGGAGCCCAUGGUCAGCUGAUACGUGGCUGGAGCAUUCCAGUGAAAGGGAAGAUACAAGGAAAGAUUGGAAAACAACACACUGAUGGGGGGUGAAAAAAGAAAUAAAAAUAAUAAGACUUGCAAGCCCCUGCACAGGGCUUCUAAGGACUCAUUCCUACACGCAUCCCCACCCCACCCAAGGAUUGGUGCUGUAAAUUUCUAUUGUUAUACAAUUCACAAAUGCAGAGUCCUGUAAGAAAACAUGGUGUUUUAAUUGUGCCUUUGCCCCAAGCUGAGCCACUUUGAGCUCCAGUGGAAUAUUACUAGCAGGUGUUUUUAUAUUUAAAAAAAAAAAAAAAAAAGAGUAAAUUAUAUAUGUAUCUAUUGAAAAAAAAAAAAAAUCUGGUCGCAGCAGAGAAUGGUGCUGCAAAAGCUCUGGAUAUUUCAAUAAGCUUCUGGUUUUAUUGAACUGCUGCACUGAUUGGCAAAAGGAACACUGGCAAACUGAGUAGCAAACCCGAGACAAUUGUGGCGUAAUUACCAAUGCCUGGCACACAAAAAAAAAAAAGAAUGCCUCCAAAUUGAUCUGUCCACGUUUAAAAAUAAUACCGGGUUUCGAGAGCGAAAGGAAUGUCUUCAUUCCCUUUUUUUUUUCUGGGUGAAGGAGCCUUUGAGAUUUGGACAAGCUCUCUGCCAAACUCCAGACUCGGAAGCAGCAGGUCUCAGCUCGGUGGCAAAGCAAUGGGCGAGGGAGGGCUUGGUGGGGUGGGACUGUCACUGAUAAACUACUAUGCAAAAAAAAAAACAAAAAACAAAAAAAGCGCGCCUUAUUUAUACCGAAUGUUUGGUCCCUGCUGGGCUACAGUUAUCUCUUGGGGAAAGGAAAGCUCAAAACACUUUGCACAUGUUAGUUAUCUGUAGAGCUUCUUUUGAGGAGGAGAGUCUUGUUUCGGAUGCGUUUGUUUCCAGUGAUUGGAUUAAGGGGGGAGUGAGACCUCCAGUUCCAGAGUUGUUUUGCAGUUUCCUUUUUUUUUUUCAGGAUAUUUUUUAAACCAUAGCGUUUGCAGCUUUUACUUUGCUGACAGGGACGUAACUCCACUUUAUGCUGCUUUUCUGAUGUGGGAGAGUUGAAGCAUCAGGAUGAACUGACACGCCGUGCUAUGGAUGCGGGCUUGAGAUGUUGCUGGGAGAGCUCCAGACCACUGUUCUUCAGCAAAGCUGAACGACAUACAACACUGUAAUCCUUUUUAGGGCGUAGUAAAGUCAAUCCCAAACUGCUGCUGCCCUAGAGUUAGGGAAAAACAGCCAUGUGCUUUCUCUGUGAGAAGGCCUGGGCUUUGGCAAUCUGUAUUUUUAAGCAGGAGAAGGCAGUGUCAGAAGCCUGGACCUCUGGCAUCAUCAAGCUGUUCAUGGUUAUUAGCGGGAGUCGUAGCACUUCAGCCAGGUAAAAACAGGGUAUAAACCUAAGCCAAUAACUUUUUUGUUUGUAUUUUAGAGCAAGAUUGCAAGUGUAGUUAAUACUGCCUGAAGGUAGCUCUGUAGUUAACUAGCAGUUGCAAGAUGCAAGGAUUAGAUACCAAAUGUAUUUUGUACCUGCCAGAAAACUUAGCAGCUGUUACAUCUGAGCAGUGCUAGGGCUGGGCAGGGAAAUUCCAGAUUUAAGCACCCUCUCAGUGUUAUGUAAAGAUAGGGUGGCCAUCUUUUAGCUUCCUGAGUAUUGUUUCCAAGCCUCUCUUCUUUAUUGAUCUGAAAUCAGCAGGGCCGCAUCGUAAGCAUACAGCCAGUAGAGAUCAAUUUUGCUUUCUUGCAAAAAGAGCACGAGUGCUUCAGCGAGUGGGCUGAAAAUACCUCUCCAUCUUGUGCAGCUGUGCAGAGGGGGGCAGGGCCUCAGGGGGAUUCUCCUGGUUGCUCAGAGCGAGGAGAACUACUGGGGUGAUCCAUCUGGAUUCACAGUGUGAGCCUCCAUGGCCUCCGUCCAAGAGAAGAGAUCCAGGGCUGUGGUUCCCUCACUGGUUAAAAUACUCAGCGCUGUUAUUCGUAGAGUUAGCAACUUCUUGGUUCUCGUGGUGUGUGUUAAUGGGCUUCUUCAUCACGUCGAUGAAGAAGAAACCUUAUUCCAAAGCUCUCAUUCCUAUUGUUUCUUUGGUGGCCAAAGUGGUAAGUGUCAUGUUCACUAGGGCUGUGAGCGUGGGGCGGGUGGGAGGGGGGCAAGAGAUACCAGAUGGGAUAUUUUUGUGACUGCAUGUGUUCCAUAAAGUACUGUUAGGGUUUUUGAGCCUGUAUGAACUUCAGCUGCUAAAUAUGUCGUUUCUCACGAGGCUGAGAAACCGUCUGCCAAAGCUGAAUGUCUGUAAUGCUUUAGUGACUUUGGUGGAGGCAUUAAGCAAUCUCCUUGCACAGUGAGUCAGCCUCGUCGGAGGCUGUCGUGUGGCUGUCCUCACAUUAUGAGAUGUUUUUGGUACUGGAGAAACUGAGCAAUUUCGAUGACCGUCCGGCUUAGCUGCUGUUGUUUUUGGUGUUUUUUUUUUUUAAUUAUAAUUUUUUAAAACUCAGUGACGUAGUAAGAAAAAGGCUGAGUGUUCUUGAAACUAGUAGCUGGCAUGUUGAGGUGGGAAAGAAUGUCCUCAGUUUGACAGUGGGAGCCAAGUGAGGAAGCAGAAACUGAGCUGUGGAAACAAGCUAGCUGUAACCUACAGCUUAUCUCGUAGCCAUAAUUCUGAGGAGCAUCUGUCGCAGGGUUGCAUUUUUUUGGUAAGUGUAAGGGAUGUGGGUCUGUAGUAGACAGUAUAGAAAUAACGUGUAUGGUGGUGAUGUGCGUGAUGGUAAGUGACCAUGCUCGUUGGUGUCUUUCUUAUAACCAUAUGUAAUCCAUUUUUUUUUUAUUUUUGUUUUAAAAAAAGGUGUUUUCAUACUUGGGAUUGGGGUUUUAUUGUCAUGUAGGUCUCGGUGGGUCAACCUUUUGGACAUGACCAAGGUUGGUCCCUGAUAGUUUCCCUAGGAGGUCUGUGGUUGGUUUAGCGUCGAGCGAUGCUGCUGAUUUUGCUGACAGUGGCCCUGUUCUGUUUGUGUUUAACCACUCUGUAGCAACCAGAUCAAAAGCUUGCCAGAAAAAAAUAUUGUGAAAAUGCUGGAAAAUGAUCUUGAUGACCUCUUUUUUUUUUUUUUUUCUUUUUUCUUUUUUCCUUUGUAAAGCUGUAAAUACUUUAUUUUUGUUUACUACUCAUAAUGCGGUGUCAUAUUGACACUUUUUUAGACUGAUAAUCAGAAAAUCCUCCUCAUUGUUUCUCAUUUUUUAAAUAGGGGGUUUCAAGGAAGCAAAUUUUUUUGCUUGUUAGCAGUGUAAUAAUGGAACAAAUUCCUACAAUGGGUUUGUACAAAAAAAAUGUUUUCAGUAAACAAUGGCCGUUGCUUUUGUGGAUGCAUGUCGUUCCAAAAUGUCCAAAGAAUAAUGUGGUACAAACACUUUUUCAAAGAUGUAGUGAUUAUCGUAUUAGUUCAGACAACGUAAGAACAAAUGUAUUGAAAAAAAAAAAAAAGUAUGGGGGGGGAGGGGGUGUAAUGAAAUUCAGCUAAGCUAAAUGUGUAAUCUAUUUAUAUAAAAAAAAAAAAAACCAACAACACAGUAUAUAUUCUAUUUUUAUUAGAGGUUUUUAAAGUGCAAACAGAAUUCUGUUGGCAAAUGCAACUGUUCCCCCGUGAAGCAUCUUCUGCUCGGAUGGGACGCCGAAAUCUCCGACCGUUCCAAGUUGACGCCGUGGGGCAAUGUGGUGGCACGGCUGCGACGCGCUCCCCAUCGCUUCCUCAGAGGUAGGGGAAGGCGAGCAGGCCGACAGCCUCGACCUGCAGAAUUACUGCUGCUCUCAGCUCGUUAGUGCUGCCCCAACCUUGGCUUCGUGUCCUACCCGCUCGGAAGACGCGUUGCGUUGGUCUACGCCAGUGUAAAUUGGAAUUAAUGAAACAGAGUAGAUGUAAAUAGUGCCUGGCUCUAGAUCUGAAGCUCUUUCUCCCCGAGACGAGGUGUUUUUCCAUCACCAUUCCUGCCAGCAAAAAUACAAGUUGAGGUCACGGUCCAAGAGUGGCGACGGUGGGUGUGCGCGCAGCCUUACGCGGAGCAGCUCUUUGCUCGUGUUUCCUUUGGCUCUGGAAAAAGCUGGGAGGAUGUUUGUGCUGGAACUGCAAGACGGGGACGUCUCCAGCUGUGCUCCAGCGAGUGCUUUACUUGAGAGGUGAAUGUUGAAAGCAAUUCUAACGCUGCGGUCAACGCGAAAUCACAGCUUGACUCUGGUUGGCCAAAGGGGUUGACCAGACUUUUCCAUGCCGUGCUUCCAUGGUGUAACAACGCCCCAGUGAGGAUUUCCCACAUUUUGCUUCAGGAUUUCUGGGUUUCGGUUCUUUUUUGCACUGCUCCAGGACUUGGGUUGCGGGGGAGCACGCAGGUUUUAGCGAUGUGCGUCACCCACAUGCUCGAUUUUAAGCUUUUAUUACAACGUAACUUGACCCGUUUGAGUUUUAAACAAGAGUUUGCCACGCUGUAUCCUGGUGUUCACGAUGCUGGUGGUAGAGGUGAACUAGACACACUACCUGCCAAAUGCUUCAUGCCCUCCCUUCCCCACCCGUUACUGGAGAGGGGAACGCUGGAGGCUUGACCCCAAGUCUUUGGCAGAGUAGUGAAGAAACACUUGAUUAUUUCUUGUUGUCUGUUUUUGUGUAUAGUUCUGUGUCUUAAGACCCUUCCGCGUUCGUGGGAGCCGUUCCGAGCUUCUCUUUUGCAGAAGCAGCGAAUUGUGUUGGCAGAGAUGGGUACUUGAUGCUUCUGGAAAUCACGACUCCCUCCUAUCUCUGAUUCCAUAGAACCACAGAGUGGUUGGGUUGGAAGGGACCUCAAGGAUCACCCAGUUCCGAGCCCUUGUUUGGGGCUCUCCAGAGGAAAUAAUGCAUAAAAAACCCACCACGCUGGGGUUCUUGGAGGGCUUUGCAGCUGACAGCAUCAUUUCCAUGGUAGAACUCCCCAUCCCAUUGGGCCGCAAACCCAACGGCGUGGGGUUCGCUGCCUGAAAUGACGCUCCCUACAUCGUUCUCAUUGGAAAUCCAAUCAAUUCUUGUGUUAUUGAGAAAGGACUGAAGAUGAUUGAAAAGCUCCAUCACCGGACACCCCUCCUUUCACCACAAGAAACGCAAUUUAGUCCUUGCUCAAGUGUACGUGGCUUCAGCUCUGCCAAAACCCAUUAUUUAUUAUUUAAGGGGUCGGAGUGGAGGAGGGGGUCGGCGAAUCGUUUCCCAUGCUGCGUCACUUCUCGUCAGUCCCUCUUUAGGUCCUGUAAGAAUUUUUUUUUUUAUACACAUUAAAACAGACUACUGAUGGGUGUGGAACCUGUUUACCGUACGGUUGUAAAUAAUUGUGCUUUGUAUUCUGUAUAUCAGCUUCUUUUAAAGGAAAAAAAUAAUAAUAAUAAUAAUAACUGAACUGGCGACGCCAGCCGGGCUCUAAGGGGAGGAUGGAGCAGCACCGGGUCCUGAGCUGAGCUGGGGGUGGAUUUGGUCCCUGUCCGUGGUGUCUGACGCGUGCACUCGUUGACGGUGGAUUUUGGACCAUCAAAGGCUCCAUUGACCUGAAUCCAUUUUAGAAGGAGCAGCCAAGAGCCAGAAGGACUCCAAGCUCCUCCGAAUUCCGCUGGAUUCUUGCCAUUUUUCCUCAUUAGUGCCAAAACCCACCGCUCCAGCUCUGCUCGCUGCUCCCUCCAUCAUGCGGCCGUCCGUCCGUCUGUCCGUCCGUCCCGGCUCUGCGCUGCGGGAAGGGGCUGUGCUGGGCCAUGGCAGCGGGUCCUGGCUCUGUGGUUACGAGGGGAAACAAACACUUUAAAUAAAUACCAACCUCCUGGUU